AUGGCGACAUUAGCCGGGUCUCCGCCAUCGUCCCCUUCGUUGCCCAAACGCCGUCCUAAAGCCUGGGCGCUGCGAUGUGAACGGUACUGCUGUGCGGCGCUGUCAUCGUUCCCAUUGGCGUUUGUGUAUAGCUUGACAACAUGGGCGGUUUAUGUCGAGGCAAGUAUUGGGUUUAGGCCGUCGUCGAAUCGGUGGAUUGGCGCGCCGACUUCGCUUCUCGGGAUCCUCCUCUACAUCUGCCUUAACGCAUCGUAUUCAGUUGCCGUUUUCACGAACCCCGGAUCGACCCUGACGAAUAAUUCUCGCGGACGACAUGAAUAUAGUGCCUUGCCUGUUACCGAGCUCCCCGAGUAUACGGCGUACACGGUUAGUUCGACGGGCUCAUCGCGAUUCUGCAAGAAAUGCCAGACCCCGAAGCCGGAUCGCGCACAUCACUGCUCUACGUGCAAGCGGUGCGUUUUGAAGAUGGACCACCAUUGUCCGUGGUUGGCGACUUGUGUUGGGUUGUAUAAUUACAAGGCGUUUCUGCUGUUUUUGAUUUAUACAUCGUUGUUCUGUUGGGUGGAUUUCGCGGUUGCGGUGGCGUGGACUUGGUCGGAGGUUUUUGGGGAUACGCAGAAUAUGGAGGCUAUCUUGCCGGUGAAUGUGAUUUUGCUGGCGAUUCUGGGUGGUGUUAUUGGGCUUGUGUUGACGGGGUUUACGGGGUGGCAUAUUAGUUUGGCGGUCCGGGGUAUGACGACUAUUGAGUGUCUGGAAAAGACGCGGUAUGUGUCUCCUCUGCGAAAGGCACUGGAUCGUCAUCGGUACGAGCAUGUACUAGGUGCUAGUCCGAAUCAUCAUAGCCAUGAGUCUGGACUUGGCCCUGAGGGUCUUGGUCAUCGUCUACAAGAUUACGGGCACCAGAUCCUCGAUGCGCACGCGAAUGCGAUUCCGGGCGUAACCCGGCCGGAGGAGGGAGAGGAACAAACGCCAGACCCGUCGAUCUAUUCCGGAUCUACUGGGGUUCCGAUGGACAACCUCUCACCUGCGCAACAGGCUCUAACCCGUUCCUACGCCGACCUUGAACGACAGCGUGAAAACGAUCGCUACCAGGAGUACCUGAACGAAGAGGACAGCGAGAAAGUACCAAGAGCAUUCGACCUAGGCUGGCGGCGAAACCUCCUCCAUCUCUUCGGUGACCGGCCUCUUCUUUGGCCCGUACCAGUAUGCAACACCACCGGCGAUGGCUGGCACUGGGAACCAAGCCCCAAAUUCCUCGAAGCCCGCGACCGCAUCCGCCAGCAGCGCGAACAAGACCAGGUUGAGCAGCAAAAAUACCAACGGGAUCUGUAUCUGCGGAACAUGAACAAUAGCCAGGGGUGGCUGGGUAGAAGUGGAACAAUGCCAGAAGAGCCUGAACGGCCUGCUACGGGUGUCUCGAUGAAGACGCUGGCUCCUAUGUCACCGCGCCCGAGACCGGGGGACAGCGACUAUGAAGAUGACGUUGAGGAGGAGGACCAUCAUCUGCUGAAUCGGGAUAGCAAUAAUGUACCUGGUGGUGGUGGUGCCAGGCGGCCGAAAACAGCGCCGAAACGAUAUCGGCAGAGUAAUAGUGCGUCUGACGAAUGGCGGGAUUGGGAUUGA